UCAGCCGCGCUGCUUGUGUUUCGCUUUCGAUUAAGAAAAGAACCAAUAAGAAAACCUCAUCCAUAUAUUAGCCCAUAGAACGCCGAAAUUAAAAAAAAAAAGUGUCCAGUGAAAAAUAUGGAUAUGUUGUUUUUUUAGAAUGAUCGAACAGCGUCUGCGCAGAGCUCUCUCUUGAACAUAGGAAUACACAUGCAAUAUAUACGCAUAUACAUAUACAGAGGUCGGGCUUGUGUGCGAGUGUGAUUGAUUCGAAUCGUAAUAUCUGUGUUUUCAAAAACGCGCUCUUUUUUGUUGCCUUUUUUUGGGUAUUUCUUUUUUUACCAGUGCCUGUGAACCGAAGUUCGCGACUUGUGAAAUCUUCGGCCAUUGUUGUGAAAGAGCGGUUGUCUGAGUUCUCCUUACCUGGCGUUAUAAUCUCGCCGCCCCUAAAAAAAAAGCUACAACUGCCGUCGGGCUCUUGAUUUUGAUUUUUAUUUGAUUUUGCCUUUGUUUGCGGUUAAAAUAUUUGCGGGCUUCAUCAGCGGCGGCUUUCGGAAUUGGAUUCGAGAUCGAAUUGAGGAUCGGAAUCGGAAUCGCCAGAGCUGAUCUUGAGCAGGCCAAGAUUCGUAGUAUGCGAUCGCUGCCAUGCUGCUGAGACAACGCCUGGACAACGGCUAGGGCUGUGGACUAGGAUCGGGAUCGGGAUCAGGAUCAGGAUCAGGAUCACGAUCUGGAUCAGGAUUGGGUGAUGGACGGCAGCAAGAUGCGGAUGAGGAGUCGCUGGCUGGGCCUGCUGCUCUGUUUUUGGCUGGUGGUGGAAUCACCUGGGGGAGCAAAGGCGACGUUUCGUGGGCGACUCUACGGUCUCCACUCCGACGAACUGGUGGCUGGGGAGGGUCAGCUGGUGGUGCCGCGACGGGUCCAUCCCGAUGGUGGGUUCAUGACCCACCGGCUGGACUACGCCCACGAUAGGGAUCAUCGGUGGCAUCGCCAGCGUCGCAGUCUGGAUGGGGGGCAACUCGAAUCGGAGACGGCGGACUUGCACCUGCAGGUGCCGCUGGAAAACGAGACACUGCAUCUGGAGCUGACGGCGCACAGCUACUUCCUGGCCCCCAAUUUGGUGGUGGAGCGUCAUCGCCGGGAUCUGCGCACGCGGUCACCUUUGACCCCGCGCCACCUCAACUGCCACUUUCACGGCAAGGUGCGGGGUCAAUCGGACACCAAUGUGGCCAUCUCCACCUGCUCCGGACUGGUGGGUCACAUCCGGACGGCCAGCAAUGAGUACUUCAUUGAGCCCUCCAAGGAGCACGAGCCGCAUCCGGCGAAUGGCCAUCCGCACGUGGUCUUCCAGCGCUCCUCCGUGAAACCCAAGCAUGCAGCGAGGAAGCGGAACAAGCGCAAACGAGGCGGUGGAGGAGGAGGGGGAGGUGGAUUGGGAGGAACCGGAGCGGAGGUCAGCAACUGCGGAACUCGGGAGCCUCGCCGGCGGAUGGAGACCAGGCUGGAGUGGCAGUCCAGGGGCAAGGUGAAGAUCCAGGGUGGACGCCAAAUAAGGCGCCACCACAGGCACCACAAGCACCAUCAUCAUCAGCAGAAAACCCGUGUGCCGCACACCAAAUUCAAGUACGAGACGCAGUUCCAGACGGAUCAGGAUCAUCCGGAGAUUCCACGUAGGCGUCGGUCCAUCAGCAGUCCCCGGCAUGUGGAAACACUCAUCGUGGCCGACGCCACCAUGUCGGCAUUCCACAAGGACCUCAAUGGCUACCUGCUGACCAUCAUGAACAUGGUAUCCGCCCUGUACAAGGACCCCAGCAUCGGCAACUCCAUCGAGAUCGUGGUGGUGCGCAUCAUCCAGUUGGACGAGGAGGAGUCCCAGCUCCAGCUGAAUCUCACCCAGAAUGCGCAGAAGAACUUGGAUCGGUUCUGCAGCUGGCAGCACAAGUUGAACAAGGGCAGCGAAAAGGAUCCGCACCACCAUGACGUGGCCAUCCUCAUCACGCGGAAGAACAUCUGCGCCAACAACUGCAUGACACUCGGCCUGGCCAACGUGGGUGGCAUGUGCAAGCCGAAGCAAUCCUGCAGCGUCAACGAGGACAAUGGCAUUAUGCUCUCCCACACGAUCACCCACGAAUUGGGUCACAACUUCGGGAUGUUCCACGACACUGCCAAGAUUGGCUGCCAUCCGCGGGUGGGUCCCAUUGUCCACAUCAUGACGCCCACUUUUGGGGCGGACACCCUGCAGGUUUGCUGGUCGAACUGCAGCCGCAAGUACAUCACGCACUUCCUGGACCAAGGAUUGGGCGAGUGCCUGGACGAUCCGCCGACGCCGCUGGACGAGUACAACUACACGGGCGAGCUGCCGGGGAUGCGGUACAAUGCGCGGGGCCAGUGCCGGCUGCAGUUCAACCUGACCACCGACAGCGAGGUGGGCGCCUGCUCCGCCCCCCACGAGUUCUGCUCGACGCUGUGGUGCAAGGUCAACGGGGAGUGCGUGACCCACAUGCGGCCCACCGCCCCCGGCACGCUGUGCGGCCGAAACAAGUGGUGCCAGAACGGCAAGUGUGUGCGCCGCGAGGAGCUGGCGGCGGUCAACGGCGGCUGGGGCGACUGGAGCGAGUGGAGCGAGUGCUCGCGCAGCUGCGGCGGCGGGGUGUCCACCCAGCAGCGCGAGUGCGACAGCCCGGUGCCCGCCAACGGCGGUGUCUUCUGCAUCGGCGAGCGCAAGCGGUACAAGAUCUGCCGCAAGCGGCCCUGUCCGGCGGAGGAGCCCAGCUUCCGGGCGCAGCAGUGCGCCCGCUUCGAUAACGUCAGCUACCAGGGGGCCACCUACAAGUGGCUGCCCUUCUUCGACAAGAACAAUCCCUGCCGGCUGUUCUGCAGCGACGUGGACGACACGAUAAUCGCAAACUGGGGCUCCACGGUGCUGGACGGGACGCCGUGCACGCUGGGCACGAACAACAUGUGCAUCGACGGCAUCUGCAAGAAAGUUGGUUGCGAUUGGCUCGUCGACUCGGAGCUGCAGGACGAUCGGUGCGGUGUCUGCGGCGGUGCUGGCGAUCAGUGCCAGCCGGUGAGGGACACCUACGCGGACGCGUUUGCGGCCAAGGACGGCGCCUACGUGGAGAUCGUCACCAUUCCGGCCCGGGCCCGGCACAUCCUCGUCCGGGAGCAGGCCAACUCGCCGCACUUCCUUGCCGUGGCCACGGCCCAGGGCGACCGCUUCUACCUGAACGGGGACAGCCUCAUCUCGAUGCCCGGCGAGUUCGAGAUCGCCGGCGCCGAGAGCCUCUACGAUCGCGUCGACGAGCAGGAGACCAUCACAAUACCUCAGCCCAUCCAGCAUCCCAUAUCGCUAUAUGCGAUUGUGCGCGGCAAUGAGAGCAACGCUGGCAUUUUCUACGAGUUCACGCUGCCCGCGCUGAAUGUGAGUGCCGGCAGGCAGUUCCUGUGGCGGCUGAGCAACUGGACCUCGUGCUCCGCCAGCUGUGGCGGCGGGGUCCAGCACCGGGAGCCCAUCUGCCAGGAGAACGGCAAGGGACUGGCUGAUACGCUGCCCUGCUGGACGCAUGCCAAGAAUAAGAGACCGCUGCGGCAGUCGCGCGGAUGUGGCGAACAGCCGUGUCCUGCCCACUGGUGGCCAGGUCCCUGGCAGUUCUGUCCCCUCACCUGUCGUCCGGCGGGCUCCUCCUCAGCGGCGCCGCCACUCCGCCGGCGAUCCGUGGUGUGCCUGGACCAGCACGACGUGGUCGUGGCCGAUGCGGAAUGCGACCUGCUGCCAAAGCCCCCGGAAACGGAGCCCUGCGGAUCCUCGCUGCCCGACUGCAGGACCAAGUAGCACGCAGAUACAACCAUACCCCUAUUUAUUGACAGUACCGGUACAGUACUUUGUA